AAGGCUGUUGCAGCGCCCAACUGGACGGCGCUGCCUAGUGGCCGUAGGAGAGUUUGGAGGAGCUGUUCCGGUGUGGUCCGCGACUUCCCAGUACCGAGGAUCCUCGCUUCUCUUUCAUCUGGCUGGAGUUGUAGGCGAGAAGUAAACAUGUCCGGUCGUGGAAAGCAGGGCGGCAAAGUGCGGGCAAAGGCUAAGUCCCGCUCCUCCCGCGCGGGCCUGCAGUUCCCAGUGGGCCGAGUGCAUCGGCUGCUGCGGAAAGGCAACUACGCCGAGCGCGUGGGCGCCGGCGCCCCGGUGUACCUGGCGGCUGUGCUCGAGUACCUGACUGCCGAGAUCCUUGAGCUGGCGGGCAACGCUGCGCGCGACAACAAGAAGACACGGAUCAUCCCGCGCCACCUGCAGCUGGCCAUCCGCAACGACGAGGAGCUGAACAAGCUGCUGGGGAAAGUGACUAUCGCGCAGGGCGGCGUGCUGCCUAACAUCCAGGCCGUGCUGCUGCCCAAGAAGACGGAGAGCCAGAAGGUGAAAAGCAAGUGACCCCG